GAAAAGGGUAGUAUAGGUUGACGAUAUCGAGUCACAUGAUUUACCAAAAUGGCGUGUGUUGCUAUAUGAAUUUUCUUGUUCAGACUUGCUUAAUGUAUCAGACAAAAUUAAACAAGAGUUUAUUUCACUGGUAACUUUUACUGUAGUAAUUGUAAGUACAUCUUAAAGACAAAUUGUGCAAAAUUACUAAAGAUACAUGUAAAUGAUAAGUAAUGGAUCCACUUGGAGCAAGGGAUGACUUAAUUGAUAUUGAUUCUUUGACUCGAUGGAACUUAACUCAACUACCAGAAUAUGUACCUAGAGAAAAGGAAGACGAAGACAAGAAGUCAGUGUUUCCAUGGAGGAAUGAUUUAAAUGGAAAAAUUUGUCUUUGGAGUGGUGAUCUAACUAGAUUAAAUACCCAUGCCGUAGUUCAUACAACAAACGAAAAACUCAAUGACAGAGGUACUGACAGUGAUAAUUUAUUCUUAAAGGCUGGUCCUGAACUUUAUAAAGAAAUUAGAGCUGAUAUAAAAGUAAUCAAAACUGGAGAGGCAAAACUUACCAAAGGUCAUGGAUUACCAGCAAGAUUUAUAAUACAUACAGUGGGACCUAGAUUUAAUGUUAAAUAUCUUACUGCUGCUGAAAGUGCUUUAUUUAGUUGUUACCGUAAUACACUACAGUUAGCCAGGGAACAGAGUAUAAGAACAAUAGGACUGUCAUGUAUUCAUACAGUUAAAAGAGGUUAUCCACCAGACAGUGGUUCUCAUAUAGCUUGUCGUACGAUAAGGAGAUUUUUAGAAAAGUUUGGGGAUAGUUUUGAUACUAUAGUUUUAGUUUGUAAUCAAGAAAAUUUGGAUGCUUAUAAAAAUAUUCUUCCACUCUAUUUUCCUCGAAAUUCUAAAGAAGAGGAAUAUGCUCUAGAUAAUUUACCAGAGGAUGUUGGGAAUGAAAAUGGAGAACCAGUUGUAGCAGAAAGACAAAUUAGAAUACUUGAUAAACCAGCGUUUGCUGCAUAUAAGGCAGUACAUGUAGGACAAGAUGAUUUUGAAGAAACUAUUGAUUUAAACAGUCAGUUCUGUACAUCUACCGCGUUAGAUGUGGGCCACCAUCCAUUUGCUAGUAUGGAGGAAGAUCCUGAUAAAACAAAAAAGGGUACCAUAUAUGGUAAAAAUAAUGCUGAUGUACGAAGAAUUGAAUCACAACGAAGAUAUGAAAGAUUAUUAAAGAGAGCCAAAACAGACGACUUAACAGAUAUAGCUGGUACAAGAUUUCUGUAUAGAGCAGGAAGUGAUAGAUUUAAUCGACCAGUCGUUGUAUUUGUUGGCAAGAAUUUCCCAGCUACCUCAAUUAACUUAGAAAAAGCUUUAUUAUAUCUGAUUCGAGUAAUGGAUCCAAUAGCUGAUUCUGAUUUUAUAGUAGUUUAUUAUCAUACAUUAACAACCAAUCAAAACUAUAUACCCAUGGCAUAUCUAAAAAUGGCGUAUAAUGUACUUGAUUACAAGUAUAGAAAACAUUUGCGGUCAUUUUAUAUAGUUCAUCCAACAUGGUGGACAAAGGUAGCUACUUGGUUCUUCACUACCUUUACAGCAUCUGAUAUUAAAGAUAAAUUACAUAUUAUCAAAGGUGUUCAGUAUUUGUAUAGUUCUAUAACACCAGAUCAACUGGAUGUUCCUACAUUUGUUCUAGACUAUGACACACGGCUAAAUGGACCGAGGUAUGCCAUUCCAUCAGAAGCACCUGAGGCUCUUUAAGGAUACAUUUAACUAAAGUUAAAAACUAUUUUGAGAAUAAAGUGAAGAGCUAAUAGAUUUUCAGUUAAAUGUUAAUGCUGUGAGAGUUGAAGGUGCUAUGAAGCUGUGAAGCUGUUGUUGACACUAUUAAAAAGAGGUUGUGUUAUUUUUACAGAACUUGGAUCAACAUUGUUUUAGCUUGUUGAAAUGGUGCAUGUUUUAUGACUUAUAUCGUCAUUAAUUUGAGUACAUUUUAUUUAUCCUUGUUGACCUUUAAAAGAGCAAUUUAGAAACCAGUGAUUACUAUUUAUAUUCUUCCAUGACAAAUGAGAAAAUAUAAUGAGCUUAAGAUCAAAGAUAAUGAACCUCAUGUGGUGCAUAUAUUUUAAUCAUAUAGUUCUAUAUUAUGUAGCUCUACAUUAUAUUAUAUGACAAGUACUCCAUCACGUUUCUAUACAUAAAGAAUAAAUUCUGAAUAUAAUUAUAUUUGCAGGUUUUGAUUAACCUAGUUCUAUAUUUAACUAUGGUUUGAUUUACAGUUUUAAAUAUAUCACACAUCGUUAUUUAUUAAAGAAAUGUUUAUUAGUUUUUGUUAAUGAGUUUUAACAUAAUCAAUCAAUUUAGUUUAUUACAUCAUUGAGAUCAGUUAUAUUCUAUUUUUAGUUUACUAACAUUUUAAGUAUGUGAUUUGAUGUUAAUCAAAGUUUGAUUACAACUAAAACAUAUUUAUGAUAGAAAUGGAUUGUCUGUUACAAUCUGCAAAGUAAUAGUGUCUCAGUAAGGUGGCCUCUAAAACUGUUAUUUUAACUAGUUAAUUUAGUCUUAAUCAAUCUAGUCCAGUAUAAUACUCUUUCUAUUCAUUAAACAAUCUAUUCAUUAAAAAUAGUAGAAUAUUUCUUAUAUGGCCAGAGCAAUAUUAGGUUUUCAGAUGAAGCAAGAGCUGAUUGUAUAAAAUAUAUUAUUAUUAUCCAGGGCCAUUUGCAUUUCUUUGAAUAUUAUUGGUUAUUGUUUCUUUGAUUUAGAUAUGUGUUUAAUUUACUUUUUCUUUCAAUAAAUAUUAGAUAAAGUACUAACGUUUAAACUUUUUGUAAUAUCUUUAAAUUUAUGUGUAAGCUGGUUUGUUGAUUAUUCUAAAGUGUUCAUCCCAAUGCUAAAGUGGUUGGCAAGUGAAUAAUUGAAAUAAAAUAUAUUGUACAUGUAUUCUGUAAUGACAUAGUUGAUUCUCUUAUAAUUUGUAUUAAAUUCACUCUGUUUGUUUGAAUUAGAUAAUUUUGUGUAAUUGUCAAACUAAUCAUAUCAGCUUACAAACAAAUCAUCACAUAUACCUAUUAUAUAACAAAUCAUUACUGAAUAUACUCAUCUAGUCUAUCAAUGUCAAGAGUUACUUAUGUUUAAAUAUAUUCAUUCACUAACUAGUAACUGUAGAUGUUUCUUAUUGAUGGUAUGUGUUAACAUUGCCUAACAUCAGACAGUGGCAUGACAUGAAUUUUACCAAGCCAUCAUCAACUAUUAGUGGAUUUAUAUAAGGAUGUGGUGAUAAAAAAAACAUUGGUUACAACUCUCUAAUUUACAAGUUUUCAGUUUGAAUUUAAAUUUUGUUUCAGAAAUCUUUCUAAUAGGCCUACCACAAAAAAGACCAAAUUUUUACUAUUGAAUGAUUAUUAUAAGAAUUAGCUUGUUGAUAACUUUUGUCCUAUUUGAUAUAUAGUCAAAGGUUCCCAACUUUUUUUCCCCAUAUACCCCUGGCAACUGUUUUUAACAGUUUUAUUUUAAGUUCAAAUGAAAAUAACAUUAACAAACUUUCUUCAACUCCAGAUAAUAAUUUUAAAUCUUAACCAGAAAGAAUUGUUUACAUAUCCAGAAUCAGCAAACUUACCCCCACUCCCAAGUUAAUAAUGUACUCAUUUGAUCAAGUUUCCAAAUGAAAGAACACUUUCUGUGCAAUAAGUUAUAGUUUAUUUAGUUGUUGAGUUUCUUAUGCUUUUUAAAUUUAACUAUUGAUGAAAUAGAUAAAUCAGUUUUGUAAAGUGGAUUGAAUUGUUAAGAAAGAAAGAGAAGGAAUAAGCUAUUACUAGACUUGUUUCAUACAUUUUAUAUCUAUAAACCUAUAUUGUAACAGUUUUUACAAUUCUGCAUUAAAACGUGGUCAUAUUUUCAGAUUGACUUUAGAUUUAUACACUGCGUUUAUGUCCAAUAUUUCUGAUAAUUACUUGAAGUAUUAUUUCACUUGCUUAAUUGAAAAAGCUGUUUUGUUGCCUGGCAAUAUAUUUUAUAAUAGAAAAAAUACAUUUUGAUUUUUGACCAUUGUGUCAGAUCUAUACUGUGUUUAUACAUAAUGUAUUUUGGUUGUACAAAUCUGUCUAUAUUGUGUCUAACGUUGUCAUUUUUGAUUAUUUGACAAGACUGUUAAAGUUGCUGAUCGUCAUUUGCGUUUUCUGGACUAUAUCUUAUUUUUCACCGCUUAAUCCACAUGAAAAUGUAUUCAGAUUGAUUAUUUAACAUUUAAGAAAGAGAACACAAUCAAAAUAUCAACAGUAGAUGAUCUGACUUGGAUUCAAUCUGAUUUAAAGGAGGCCCAGGGAAAAUAGAUAGCCGAAUGUCCACAAAUUUUCAGUUGAUCAUAUGGUUGUAAAUAUUGAACAGAAUGGAACAAUUUUUGAAUUGAUAUGCCUUAUAUGAACUGAACUGAGAUUCUACCUUCAGAACAGUGUAGUAUGCAAAGGAUUAACAAACACUCAAAUGACGACCAGGGACUUUAAGAAAUGAAUGCAUAUUGUGAAAUGUAUUAUUUUGUACAAAUAUAUUUUUAAUUUUGAAA